UAGUACAACCUCAAAGAAGAAGACGAAGAAGAAGACUACUGUAUAGUCAUGUAACAGUAAGCUUAUUAUACAAGGUUAUAACGAAGAUACAUAUGAAUACCAUUUGACAUCGUCUUAUCUUGCCCAGGUAGAGAUGCGGGUCCCCGGGUUCUGGUCCUUCGCAGCCCGGAGCUUCAGCCUCCAGUUUCCCGCCGCCGGGCCGCUCUCCUGCCGGCUGCUGGGCCCCAGCCAGGCCACAAGAAACAUGUCCUCCAAAAGAAAGAUGGACCAUCUAGAGAGAACAGCGGGCAACAACAGACAAAAUGCUCUGUAUCCUGCUGAAGUACGUGGCAUCAUUAAAGAGUCGGAGACGGUGAAACGUCUGAGAAUAGCUGUUCCCCCAGACUUCAGCUUCAAAGCAGGACAGUGGGUGGAUCUCUUCAUCCCCGGCGUGGAGAAGGUGGGAGGUUUCUCCAUGUGCUCCGGCCCGGGUCUGCUGCAGAGGGAGGGCAUCGUGGAGCUGGCCGUCAAAUACGCAAAGCACCCCCCCGCCCACUGGGUCCACACCAUGUGUACAGUGGGCUCCCAGGUUGCCAUGCGUGUCGGCGGGGACUUCUUCUUCGACCCCUCGCCCUCUGACCCCUCUGUUGAUUUGCUGCUGGUGGCGGGCGGUGUGGGGAUCAACCCCUUGUACUCCAUCCUGCUGCACACCUCAGAUCUGCUGCAUCGCAACCAGGCCUCAGGGGGGCGGGACUUCAACAUAGGCUCCGCCCACCUCUGCUACAGCGCCAAGAACACCCAGGAGCUGCUCUUCAAGAGCUCCAUCAUCACUGCGUGUCUGGAGUUCCCCGACAAGCUCUCCUGUGACCUCCACGUCACGCAGCAGAUCACAGAUGUUGACUCACACCUCCAGCCUUUUAUCAACCGUGGGAGAAUCACAGAGGAGAAGCUGCUUUCUCACGUGGACCUGCAGAGGACUUUGUGCUUCCUGUGUGGACCCCCACCCAUGAUAGAAACACUUUCCAAAACCCUCCUAGACUUCGGACUCCCGAAAGACAGAAUCCUCUUUGAGAAGUGGUGGUAGAACCCUUUGCAAUCUGCAGGGGGAGGAUAUUCCGUGUGUGUCGAGAAUGAAAACUUUUAUGAGCGCUGGAGGAAAUUCACUCACGGAUCCCGAGCUACCUCAACCUGUGCCUGAUCUGCUAUGCCACUGGGACCACCCACUAUGCAACUACAAGCUGACUCACAAACACAAUGAGUUUUAUUUCCUAUCAUCGACAAAAGAGGACUGACUAACAGACUGUAAAAUCUCUAUUUUGGUGUCUAGAAAAUAUAUUUUAUAGCUCACCGUUUUGCUGAAUAUUCUAACAACAAAGACACACUGUCACACAGCUGUUACACAUCUUCACAUCUGAUCUCAUUAACAGCCUAUAAUUGCUUGACUGAGGUUCUACUUGAAUAGAUUAUAAUGUUUAGUCUGACCCGAAUUGUUCACAUUAAUGUUAUGGCAACAAUUUAUUUAUUCAAGCUUGUCAUGGAACAAUAAUUUAAGAAAAAAACAGAUGAAGCUUUAUUAAUCCUAAUCCAGUUUUCCACUCUGUUAUCACACACACACACACACACACACACACACACACACACACACACACACACACACACACACACACACACACACACACACACACACACACACACACAAUGAUAAUGCUUGCUUGGUGCCCAGGAGGUAAACUGGCAACUCUACAGCUACUAGUCCACGCGCUUUUAAUUUUUUCGAUCGGCAGGGCGGGACUUGAACCGGCGACCUCCAGUUUCCAAGCCAAGACCCUACAGACUGAGCUGCAUAGCCAAAAGAGUCUCUUUUUUUUAGGCAGACAACCUGUAUGCAUAUUUCCCAAUCUUAUGUCUCUUGGCAAUUCAUUAAAUAAGCGCCAUACCCAUACAGAUGUCUUCAAAGUCUCUAAGGUAAAGAGGGUUAGUGCAAGCUAUCUGUUCUGUUAUUUUACACUUUACACACGUGUUGGAAAGACUGAUUUACCUCUAUCAAAAUACCUCUGCUGAUUUUAUCAUGUGUUUAAGAAGUGUUAUGGUGUGUAUAUAACUCAGAGCUAUUUAUUUGCAGAGCUGAAGAGUUGUUUGGCUGAUGACUUUGACUGCAUUGGAGCGUUGUUUUUCACAUUUUACCCACAUGCUAACUUCACACCAAGUGUAUUUUUAGUGUUUCAAGAAAAGCAACAAUUUCCCACGUAUUGGCACGUGUCGCUGCAUGUUUUACUCCAUCACACACCCUUACAUGCAUACAGUGCCAAUCUCACAUACAUUUUAACUCAAUCACACACAUCUAGGUAGCCAUAAACGGUUCUGGUCCCAGGGUGCAGUGCGUCUCCCAUGGUGCACUGUAAUAGAAGCUCCAGGUGGUCUCUUGAUUGGCUUGGAUCACUGAACAUCCCUCAGAGAUGUUUGCGAGCUUCUUGGCGGCGUCUCAGUGGGGGUUACGCUGCAGAGACCCAUUUGAGUUGUUUUUUGCUUUUCUUCCUCAUAUGAAGGAAACAGUUUAUGCCGGUAACGUGAGAUUUAGAGGAAAUAAAGGGAAUUGAGUCAAUCUGUU